AUGGCUUUAGUAAUGCAAAGAAAAACCAAUGUUCGUCUCCCGCCCGAAAUUAACCGCAUUCUCUACAUAAGAAACUUGCCCUACAAAAUCACAGCAGAAGAAAUGUACGAUAUAUUCGGUAAAUACGGAGCAAUCAGGCAAAUACGGGUGGGAAAUACCCCUGAAACACGUGGAACCGCUUUUGUGGUGUUUGAGGAUAUUUUCGAUGCUAAAAAUGCCUGCGAUCAUUUAUCAGGGUUCAAUGUUUGUAAUCGUUACUUAGUUGUGUUGUAUUAUCAAGCCAGUAAGGCGUUCAAGAAAACCGAUAUUGAAAAGAAACAGGAAGAAAUCGAUAAGAUGAAGUCCAAAUAUGGAAUAAAUACGUAA